ACAUUUUUGUAUACUUUUAUUAUGAUAAGUAGUUAGUAAAUAAUACAAAUUUCGCAUGUUCUUGGUACUGUGCACUUCGAGCGUAGCUUGUGAAAACUCUUCCCAUACUUAGACAACAAUUUUGGAUUCCUAUUGAAAAUAAAAGUACCAUCAUGGAGAACAUCGUAUUUGCACUUAUGCUUUUCCCAUCUUGUUUGGCACUACAAGCCCUCAACUCACAUGAAGAAAUUAUAGACUCCAUAAAUUCCAAUCAGUCAUCGUGGACUGCUGGUGUGAAUUUCGGUGGCAAAGAUGUGCAAGAUCUUUUACCACUAUUCAGUGGUGUGCGUGGGCUUCAUCCUGAUCUUAAUUUUACGAUACCUCAGGUGAACCACAACUUGGGAAAAAUUACACUUCCUAGUAGUUUUGAUGCUAGAAGUAACUGGCCUCAGUGCGCCGAUAUUACAGGAAACAUUCUAGACCAAGGAAACUGCAGCUCCUGUUGGGCAUUCGCUACAACGGAGGUUAUGUCGGACAGACUCUGUAUACAAAGCAACGGAAAAGUCAAAAUGCAGUUAUCUGCUGAAGACGUUGUUUCAUGUUGUUCCACCUGUGGGUAUCAGUGCCGAGGAGGUUAUCCUGCUAGCGUUUUUCAAUACUGGGACACAUACGGCGUUGUCUCUGGAGGAGAUUAUUUAUCAAAUUCUGGUUGUAAACCAUAUGGGUCAUCCGAAUUUAACAACAGUGUAGUGGCGGAAUGUCAGCUGGAAUGUUCUAACCCUUCCUACAAAACUCCGUACAACUCAGACAAACAUUUUGGCGCAAAUUUUUACGAAGUGAGCGCAGAAGAGUCCCAAAUUCGAGCUGAAAUUUACGCCAAAGGAGCAGUUUCGGUUGUUUUUACGGUCUAUCAAGACUUUUCAUAUUAUCAAACAGGUGUCUACUAUCAUACUUAUGGUGCAAUGCUAGGUCUACAUGCAGUUAAAAUUAUAGGAUGGGGGACCGAGGAUAGACUUCCGUAUUGGUUGGUCGCUAAUUCGUGGGGAAAAAGUUGGGGAGGAUUAGGUGGAUUUUUUAAAAUUUUGAGAGGUGUCAAUGAAUGUGGCAUUGAAGAUCAAGUACUUGGGGCCGAUUCAAGGGUUUAUUCUCCAAAUCCAGAAGAUUUAAACAACAACCAUACUACCAUAGGUACUACACAUUUUUCGGAUGUGAAACUUUCAGAGCGGGUUCUGUUGUUUUCGUUGUUGUUAUUUUUUCUUUUUACUGGAUUUUGUUUUUGUAUUUGUUCUGAAAACAUUUUUAGUAACAUUUUAUAUAGUUGCAUUCGGCAUAUGCGGAUGAAAUAUUUUGAAAAAAAGCGCAUUAUUGUAACCUGAUACUUAAUUGUCCCCGUUUUUUCAGGUCUUUUUUGUGUAUAUUUUAUAUGAAACAUUAAAAUAGUGAGUAUAUAAUUGUAAA